AUGCCACCUAGAAAAAAGAGAAAUGAAUAUAAACAAUAUGAUCCUAAAAAUUUACCCAUGCAGAGUCAUAGUCAAUUUAAAAAACAAAUUAGUCAGUUGGAUAAAACAAAUUCAAGUAAAGAUCGACAUGAUUUGGAAUCAGAAUUUGGAAUUAAGGGGCGUAGCAUAUUAUUUGACUUACAAGCAACUUGUUUUCCAACAUCAUUUCCUAUUGAUAUGAUGCACUUAAUAUACAAAAAUAUUGCAGAUUAUAUGUUUCAACACUGGAUUGGAAAAUUUUUCAAAAAAGAUAGCAAUCAGGACAAUGGAAGACCACCCUGUAAUUUAGUUAUCCACCAUAAUAGAUAUAAGGCUGAGGAGUGGGCUUGUUUUGUUAAAGCUGUUCGCCUAUGUCAGAAAUUGAUAUUAACUUCUCAAGAAUUGA